UUAUACAGUAUUUUUGUUUCAAUUUAGCAAGAAAUUUUCAUGUUUAGUUGAAAAUGCUUGAGACGACACCAGCACCGGCACCGAAACCGACCUGAAGGGAGUUUGUUAGUUUAUGACGAAUGAAUUCAAGUGAAACUUACACCGCCAGCAAAGGAAUUACCCAUGGUUGAGCCUAAUUUCUUAAACUUGUUGUUCUUUUUCUGUUCAUCUGGUUGCUGAACGUAGGUGGUUGGACCAGCUGCUGGUGGAGCUGCUGGCGGGGUGUAAUACUGUCCUGGCUGUGGAUAUGCAGGUGCAUUAGCAUAGUUUGGACCGCCGUAGGAGAUACCUGGUGGAGCGUUGUACGCUGGUGCGUAACUCUCAUCUUUUUCUUUCUCCUUCUCUCCAGUACCGCCGAAUGUAGACGAUGGUGGUGCUGGUGGGAGACCUCUUAAUGGUUGAGAUACUCUUUCGACUCUGUUGCUUGGGAAUAGACCUUCCUGGCCCGUGCUGUCGCUGCGUCCACGCCACCAAUCAGCAUUAACCUCCUCGAGGAUUGUGAUGACAUCACCCUUGACGAGUCUUAGAUCAGAGGCUUCACCAGAGUAGUCCCAACGGGCAGUACACUUGUUCAGGGCGGGUUGUGGAGGUACGACCGGUAUUGGUGCCUGAGGAGGCGGUGGUGGUGGUGCGUGAACUUGAGCUGGUGGUGGCUGGACUUGUGGCUGGACAGUGGUUGGAAUUGGGAGCAUCUGGGGCUGUGGUGCUCCUGGUGGACUUGGCAGAGGAGAAUCCUUGUUGUUGUUGUUGCGAAGACUAAGGCUAGCGCGCCUGCUGACAGAUGGCAAACUUGUGUUUGAGCUGUUGAAGCCAGUCUGUUGGUUAGGCAAGCCGGCGGAUGGAGGGCCUACUAAGCUCGUUGAUGAGUUAUUUGGAUUUGAAAGUUUCAAUUUUAUUAAGCGAGCAUCCGAUGCAUUGAGGACACCUUGGGUGAGUAGGAAAUCAACCUGUGAAGUUAUAUUGUUUAUUAUGUGGUCUAUGUAUACGUUAUCUGCCAUUUUUUCUGCCCGCCUUGAGAGUAACGAAGGAAGGGGUUCAUUCAUUCCAAAACUAGGCGGACAUGGAAAUCGCACUAAAGAGUUUCGACGAACGGAGGCGUGAAUUAAUAAAUAAAGAAAAGGAACACCGUCUGGAUUCCAAUGAGCAGCGAAUUUUGUUUACGAUAGGGGGGAAAUAUGCCAUUGCAGCAGCCACGAUCAACGAUAUUAGAACGAGAGAAUGGGAUACUAUAUGGUCUGCAUCUCAAAGUAGAGAAGUCGGCGCACCUUUCCUCACUUCGAAAGAUAUCAUCAAGUCGAGCAAACUGUAUGAGAUCAUACAGAGGAUGCCGAAAGGUGGUCUUCUACAUGCGCACACCGACGCUACUCUACCAUUGAAUGAUGUCUUUGAUAUUGUUCACAAAUAUGGUGCAAAUAUUGAGAUUUGUUCUACACAUCCUCUCACAGCAGAAAAUUUGGAUAACGGACAUGCAAAGCUACAAUUCAGACCUACAAAGGUGCCAAUUACAGAAGCGUCUACUGAAAUUGCUGCAAGUAUGCUGACAAAUGAUUAUAAACCAGGGAUGUGGUGCAAUUACCAUCAAAUCAGUACUUUGUUUAAAGACAGCAAGCUUGAUGACUACAUUCACGCACAGAUGCUAAUAUCAGCUAAAGAGUGUUACGUUACACAUAAUACUAUGGGGAAGAUAUGGUCGAAAUUCUCUAACUGUUUUAGUGUCCUUGCUGGAUUGCUCUCCUACGAACCAAUUUGGGAAGAAUACGCCAAGCGUCUUGUACUUAAUUGUGUAGACGAUGGUGUUGGAUAUCUAGAAACGAGGUUGCUCAUGAUAACUGAGUUUUUUUACGACAUAGAGUGCAAUCUACGCCUCACGCGUAGAGACACAGUAUUGAUUUUGCUGCGUGGAAUCGAAGCUGCGAAGCGUACUUUACAAGAGCAAGGUAAGGUUGAACAGUUUUAUGGGCUAAAAGUUAUCUACUGCACAUUGCGAUUCUUAAAACCAGAAGAGAUUUGGUCAUCGAUGAUGAUCUGUCUCGAUCUCUAUAAAGAGUUUCCGGAGUUGAUUAAAGGUUUUGAUUUGGUCGGACAUGAGGAUUCCUCUGAGGCAUACACUCUGAAGGCCUAUCUACCGAUUUUGUUGCGUUUCCAAGAACUACAGCUUGAGGAAUUUGGUGAUAUCAAAGUACCGUUUGUAUUCCAUGCGGGUGAGACGCUCGGGGAUGGUAGCCCAGUUGAUGAGAACCUCUACGACGCGCUUUUGUUAGGAACACGAAGGAUUGGACAUGGAUACAGUCUCUAUAAGCACCCAGAGCUCAUGAAGAUGUGUAAAGAGCGUGGCGUGCUGGUAGAAAGCUGCCCUAUUUCGAACGAAGUACUCAGACUCACUGGUGGUAUUGGAAAUCAUCCUGUAGCCGCACUAAUAAACCACGGAGUGCCUGUAUCACUAUCGAGUGAUGAUCCAGCAAUAUUCCAGAAUCCAAUAUUAUCAUAUGACUUCUACACACUCCUGAAUCAUUCGACGAAAACAAACCUCGCGACAUUGAAAGUACUAGCAAGGAACUCACUCACGUACUCUCUUAUGGAGAAUCCUAUGAAAGAGCGUGUUAUGCGUAAAUGGGAGCAGCACUGGGAUGAAUAUCUAGAUUGGAUUGUCAACAUAAUGGGUAGCAAAAAGGAGCUAUACAAUUAAAAGGAAUAUAAUAAUAUCUGUACUAUAUC